CCAGAUCAGUGGCUAGAUUGCAAGGACGGGGGGGACACCGAUUCACAACCCACGAAGUGCUGCUGCGCAGGGCAGAGGACAAACCAAUUGCAUUGGUGCCACAGCUCCCCGCGCUUCCUCCUCCCGCUGCUCCUCUCAACUUCCAAGCUAUUCCCCCUGUCCCGUACUAAAUGCCUCCCUUCUUCUCUUACACCACCCUCCCCUAUCAGCUCACGGAGGGCCCUUAUCCCAUGCGCAAGUUCUCAGAGUAUUUGCUGGAGCUCACUAACGUGGAGCCGCUGCCCUUCACCGACAAAGACGCGUGGGAGUUGCACCGUGCGCUGUACAAGUCGGUGGCGCUGGGGAUGUUCCGGUUCUUCGUGGAUCACGAAGACCACUGCAUCGGGGAGCACUUCGUCUUCUUCUACGUCAUCACACAGCCCAAGCCAGCGGAGAAGGAAGGGACGGUGGCACUGUACCCAUUCGCCCAGCUCCAGACGAUCGAUCCGGGAUUGUUGGAACUCAUACAUCUUGAGCUCCUCUCCAUUACACAAGUGAUCGCGAGCGAGGAGGAGGAGAUCCAACCACGAUUGCGGACGGCAACAGACCCGCGGAGAACGUACAACGCGGUCGUCAUCCCGGAUUACAUUGCGCAGCGCGUAAAGAGGUUGGAGGACUUCCCGGAGGAAAAGUCGUUGCGGCUUCCCUCGUCAUAUCCUCGACCGGCGCCACCGAAGGCCCCCAAGAAGACACUGAAGAGGAAGAGACGCCACCCGUCGCCAGGAACGCAAGGCAGCAGGAUGGCGGCGACGAGGAGAAGCGAUGAGGAUGAUGAGACUGCUCGGUCUCCUCGGGAUCGGGAUGCCACGGACGAGCUCGGUGGGCAGGAAGUACAGGACAGCAUUCCAUCGAGUCCGGAUCGCUUUGCUGGCAAUCACGUGGGGUGUGAACAACAGCCAAUGGAGGUCGGUGAUCGACCUGUUGGGAGUGCGCGGGAAAUCGGACAGCAGGAGAGUUUUGGCGGGAGCCUCAUCGAUCAUCGAACUGCGGCUGAUCAUCCGCUGAAACCGGUCAACGACGGGGAUGGCGACCACGCGCGUAAUGGGGAAGGUCGGGUCUCGAUCCUGCACCCUUCGUCGAACACCUAUCCUAUCCACAGCGCUCCCCGCCCUUGUCCUGGAGGAUAUUAUGAAGUCCGUACGGUAUAUGAUGUGACGUCGAAAAAGCCGUAUGACGUGAUGGUUAUGCGGGAGGAGAAGUAUCGGGGCUGCCUCGUCAGCAACGACGACGAGCGGACUUUGCCGGAGGUGGAUGGCAAUGGCUGUCACAGUGGUUUUUGGGCCAACCACGUGCGUACGGAUGAGAGCCUAAUUAGUGCUGAUGGGCCUGAUCGGUCGGAUUUGGCAAGUCCCUGGGCGAAUGCCAGCGAGACCUGGGGUCCCUCUUCUCCUUCGAGGUUGAUUAAUGAGUGUGGCAAACCAGAUUGGCUGAGCUUGGCUCACGAAGAGCUGGUGCACAUCUUCAGCUUUUUGCCCGCCAAAGAUCGUUUUUGCGUGGGAACUGUGUGCCGCAACUGGCGCCACGCGGCACUGGAUUCGAUGAGUUGGCGGGAAACGGUACUCGACGACGAUUUCGCGGGGGAGGGAGGGCGCUGCGCCGCCAUUUUCCGCAGCCAAGGCCGUCUUCUCCGCCUCUCCAUUCACUCUCGCGCUUAUGAUAUACUUAGCUGUAUUGGUGACAACUGCCCUCAGCUUGAGGAUCUGUCAAUCACGGGAUUCCUGCUUUGCCCACGAAACACCUCAGCACUUGAGGGAUUGGGUCGGGCAUGUCCGAUGCUUCGAUCUCUUGCCCUCAAGGUCCAUUUCCUUGGCCCUGAGACUGACAUGGCCCAGCUAAUCGAGAUGCUAACCACAGCUUUUCCAAAACUCACGGGUCUGAACCUCAAGGUACAUGAAGGAGGCCAUCGAAUCCGACGCGACGAGGUAGCGGGUCUCGUGCAGAAGCUCCCUAAUCUAGAAAUCUUGAGAUUGCAAAGCCCGGCAAGCUCAAGCUGCAGAACUGUACACGUGGACUGCUGUCGCUUGUCCAUUGAUGGGCUGAAGGACCUGCCAUCGACCCGGAAGGAUCUGCGAAUCUUCAUCGAAGUCCCUAUCUGAUAUGACAUUGUACUCAACCUA